AGCUCACAGUUUUCUGAGAGGAGGGCUGGGACUAUCUGACGUCAGGCUUUCACACAUGGAAUGCCCACUUCCUACUCACUGUGAAGUGGUAACUGUUACAAUCAGCCUGAGGAAACGCUGGCAAAAGGACAGAUAUUGCAGCAUUUUUUUUUUUUUUUCAGCUUCCAGUUGUGAAGGAGGAUGAAGUAAGAGGCGGAGUCCCUCCGGUCACUGAGCGAAAAACCGCUGCGCAAACUUCACCUGGGAAAAAUGACUCUCCCUCCAACUCAGACAAGGAUUCUGAGCUGCUCCUCUCCCCUGUAACAAAAGGACCCCAAAAAAAAGAAAAAGAGAAGACAUGAGAAGGAGAAUGUUCAGCUUCAGGCUUAUCUACAUCUACUCUUACAACCUGUUCCAGUUCUGUGGACACACGUGGAUUCUGGCUAAUACCAUAGCCAGGUUCUUCACCUUUGGCCGAGAUGCUUUAGCGGACACUUUCUACUCCGUCAGCUUCGUGAUGAGUCUCUGCCAGCUGCUCUCCAUCCUCGAGCUUUUCCAUAUCGCCGAUGGAAUUGAGAAAGCCAGGCUCCUUCCUCGCUUCAUCCACGUGAUGGAAAAGAACCUCCUGCUGAUCAUGGUCAUCAUGCUGGAGGAGAUCCAGAGUAAACCGGUCGUGUGUCUCCAGUUCUUCUUGUGGAACAUCUUGGACCUCUUACGGUACCCACACGAGCUGCUGUGUGUAAUGGACACACCCUCCAUCACAAUGCUGUGGAUUCGCUACACGCUCUGGAUCCCGUUAUACAUCCUGUCCGUCGCCACUGAAGGUCUCAUUAUACACCAGGCCCUGCCGUACAUUGAGCCAACGACACCAAACUCAACACACAUUCACCACCCUUUCAUCCUGAUGGUCUGCCUACCUGUACUUGCUCUUGGAGCCUCUGUAACGGUCUGGCAGCUGCUGAGGGAGAGACAAUACCACCUGGAGAGAUAUAACAAGAAGAUGAAAAGGAAAUGAUGCAUUUAGUCUGAGAGCUGAAUGGUUGGACAGGUUUUCCUGGACUUUCAGAUCUUUUUGGACUUUGGACUUUUGGAAGUCUGUUACUAUUCUUUUUAUUUCAGUGAGUUUGAUUUGUUUAAAAGUAGAUUUAAGAAGACCCAGGAGCCACAAAUCAAACUGGCCACCAUACCACCAACAAUUUUCUGUUACACUUUUAAUUCAAGUAAUGUUUGACAGAGACAUCAUUCUCUACAGUGGCAUUGCAGAUUGUCUGUGGCGCUGCAGCGAGCCUCAUCCAUGUCCACGACAAUGUCCAACAACAAGCUCAGGCAGGAAAGAUGCAGCUCGUGUGUUAAGAGCUCCAGAACUGUUUUCGUGAAGACCCUCUUCAUAUGCGUUGCCGUGGGUUUGCAGCGGCGUUGUGUCUCCUCUGGGCUACCAGCCAUAGGCUCUGGUCCACACGGCUUUCUUCUUGAACUCAGCGGAGGAUUUCAGCGCCAACAGAGCAGCUGAAACAACAACAGAAGGACGGUCGUAUAAACCACUCUCCUAAUCAAACGACGACUCCUCGUUCCUGCCAACAAUGUGUUUCCUGUAUGACUGUAAGAGAGAGAGAGGGGCUGUAUGUGUGUUUCAGGUUCUACCUGAAUGGAUUUUUUGCAAGCAAGAUGUUUUUGCACGUCUUAUCAUGUUUAUGCCAUAAUAACACCAAUGGCAGGGUUUCCUCCCCUGUGGAGUUCUCAGGCUCUGUUUACACUCGGGUUCUCACCAUAACCCAUUGUGUGUAUCCUGAAGUUUCCUCACAAAUGCAGUCUAACAAAUCAGAAAUGCUCAAUGAAACUAGCUUAAAUUUGAGAUUUCUGCAGAUGCAUUCUUCACAUAAUCCUUCAGUGUUUGUGCUGUUGAAGGAAGUUGUCAAUGAAUGUUUUUGCAUCAUAGUUUUCUUUAACAAAAUGAACACUUUUUAGGCUGGAAAAAAAAAAUUGGCAGCAAGACUGACUCUCUGAGUCGGACUCUGCUGAUUCGUACAUGGUUUAAAUCCAUGUUUACACUCUCAACAUGUGUCAUGUCACCUGUGUCCUCAUGCGCCUUCCCUCAAGAUUGUACUUGUACCCGCUUUUCUUAGCAGACAUCAGAAACUGAAACACUCAGCAUUUCGGCAGUUGCUGUUUAAACCACUGCUAUAUCUAAGCAGUGUGUAUUGUAUUUGAAUGAGGUGCUGCGUCUGUGUUUUUCACCUUUGGCGGUGCUGAUGGUUGUAGUCGACAAACUGUGGUCCGGACCUUCUGUGAUGCUGAGAAGCCAGUCUAUGAACUGAGACACACACACACACAGACACAAAUUACACACUAACAUCAAAAAAAACUAUCCCAACACUUAAAUUAAAAUCCAAUCCAGCCAUGGCCGCCUGUGCCUCUCCAUCGACCCCAGGCUGAGCCCGAAACUCAAGAACCUGGCCUGAAGGUGCUGGCACUCACCUUUUGUCUCUGGCUGCUCCAGGGCUCUUUGUCCAAAAGCAGAACCAGGCUGUGAGGUAUUCCCAGCGGGCACUGCGGCAGGGCGAGUUCAGCGAGCGACUCCUCCCCGUACAGACUGUGUUGUAGAGUUUGGGGCUUGGAGCCCGGUUCCCACGGCAACCAGCGGGCCCUGAUGCCGAGGAGGAAGGGCAUGAAGUGGUCACCCCAGGAAACGACAGCAGCGGCAAAGACUUGGAACAGGAAGUCUGUGGCCUGCAGAAAAAAAAAAAAAAAAAUUGGAGGAAAUCUACUUUCAGCUUCUCCAUUUCAGUAUGUAAAACCCUGUCUGGAGAGUCAGAGCAGGUUUCGAGACUUUUACCAGGAUGUGCUCAAUGACUUGCUAUACAUCAGGUUUAAAAAUACAUGAUCGUUUGGAUACUUCAGAGCUUUCUUUAUCCUGCAAACAGCUCUAUGACAGAACCAAAAAAAGCUAAUUAACGGGGCCAAAAAAGACGCCACUGAGCUCACACUCUCAUAAAUAAACCAUAAUUAUGCUUUAAACAUUAGACCUUCCUAUUUGAUAUUUAAAUUGAUUUUAAAUAUCACCAAAUGACAUGUAUAUUUAACUUAUUUUAGUGAACACACCCAAAGAGCCUGGAGCUGCAUUCCAGACCAUCUCAGGAAUAACAAGUCAUUCCACCCGUGGGGGCCCUAAACUCUCACCUACAUGCCAAAACCCAGAGCUCAUCUGUGGCAUGUGACAACAGUGCUCAUACAACUCCAGAAAUACCACGCGGCGGUGAGCCAGCGUGGCUCAGAAACAUACCAGUUUGGUGUCUCCGCAUGCGACAGGGGUCGCGCCGUAGGCUACGUUCCGGAUGUGGCCCAUCAGCUCCAGGAGCCACUCCAUCCGUUUGGAGACGCCUGCGACAAAAUGUAUAUUAUCACUUGUUAGCAUUUCCACGUGUGAAUGCAGCAGGAGCAGCUUUCUGGUUUGACUCAGCGGCGCCCUGACCUGUGUUGGCGCUGGCGGCCAGGCGACACUGAUAAAAAGCUUGCAGGAGGAGCCAACCCACUCGGCGGCUUGGCCAACCACGGAGCACGCCGGCGAUGAUGUCGUUGAGACCCAGCAGGGGAACUCUGCCUUGGGAAGUCAGGUAAGCCAGGAUGAAGCAUGUCUUCUCCAUCUGAGUCUUUUUAAAAAAAAAAAAAAAAGUUAAAAUGCCUAAAAUUGGAUCAGGAA